AUGCUUAUAAUUUUCCUGCUCCUGCCAAGCCUAUCAAUAUCUGGCGAUGAGCCAUGUAGCUCCAAAUCGUGCUCAGCAGGACCAGCUGGAAAUACAGAAUGCCAGAAUUAUGGAUAUUGUAACUCGGAGAAAAAAGUUUGCUGUCUAGGUCACUAUAAAAACUGUACUUCUCCUGAAAGUCGUGCUAUCCGGCCCAGAAUUUCUUGUAAAAACCAUGAAGAUUGUGAAAUGAGCUAUUGCGAUCAGAAGCUCGGAAUUUGUUGCUCAGAAGGGACUCACCAGAAGGAUAUUGCCCUAAUAACCUAACAUUUUAUGGAAUCGAACCAACUUGCAAAGGAAAAUUCUCAAGAACGUGCUCUAUAGAUUCAUAUUGUUAUCGAGGGCAUUGUUGUCCGAGGCACAAAGUCCACGGAUCUACAGUAGCCCGCCGAAUAAGACCCUAUUAUACAAAUCGAAAAUGCAGUCCCUACGAGGCUCCGCCAUUCCGCUACACGUUUUGCACACGUGACACUAAUCGAUUAGCAAUUCUUGGAAUGUAUAUGGCAGAUGGGUCGGAUAACAUUGACACAGAGAGAUAUUGUGGGAGUAACCGGGACUGCUCAAGUACAUCUGUAUGUGUAUUCACUAAUUCAGUUGGCACUUGCUUUGUGGAUCCUAUGUUCACACCUGAACCGUUGAACUUCUAUGGACCUCUCUGGAUUGCUCUAUACACCAUUAUCCCUACCACUUUUCUCAUUUUCGGAUUGGUCUGCGGAAUUAAUUUCUGGAAGAAGGACUGUUAUUAUGCAAUUUAA